AGCCAAUGGGGUAAAAUGCAACAAAACAAUAGUUUAGGGAUUUAUUUUUGGUAGUCCAGGGGUUUCUUGCAAUACCCGGGAGUUUUUUUUUGUUUACCCUAUUUAGAACAUGUCCAAUUAUCCAUCUAUUGUUCUCGUUCCUUUGACAACUGAAUUCACUGUGUGUGUGUGUCAAAACGGCCUGAAAUAAUCACAUAUAUAACCCAAAUUAAGCUCUCUGGAGCCAGAAUUCCCAGAUAUUGUAGGUUUUGGUUGAAAUUGCAGCAAGCUCCUUCGCUUCCGUUUAUUUUUCUGCAGGUGAAAAUAGAUCGUAAUAGUUGAUAUGUUUAUGCAUCUCACAAUGUCCGUAUCACUUUUUGAAAGCAGAAAUAAUUUCUGUUCAUUGGGGUUUGUUUAUCUGAAAGAGUAGUUGUAUUGGGGCAACAAGGGGAAAAAAAAAAAGAAAAAAAGAAAAAGGAAGUUUGGAGUUUAAGGUGACUAAGUUGGAUUCUGGGCUAAUAUGGAACUUGUUUAUGUGGGUAAUUCCGAAUUUGUUAAUGAUGAAAGACUAGCGAGGCGAUUGAAGAGAAAACGGCUUGGUACUGGAAAUUCGGAGCUCAAUACUUCUAGUAGUACAUUAGAGAGAACAUUGGAAGAGAAUCAAUUGGGUGAUGAAAGACUAGCAAGGCGAUUGAAGAGAAAGCAGCUUGGUAGUGGAAAUUCCGAGCUAAAUACUUCUAGUCGUACAUUAGAGAGAACAUUGGAGGAGAAUCAAUUGGGUGAUGAAAGACUAGCGAGGCGAUUGAAGAGAAAGCAGCUUGGUACUGGAAAUUCUGAGCUAAAUACUUCUAGUCGUACGUUAGAGAGAACAUUGGAAGAGAAUCAAUUGGGUGAUGAAAGACUAGCCAGGCGAUUGAAGAGAAGGCGACUUGGUACUGGAAAUUCCGACCUAAAUACUUCUCGUAGUACAUUAAAGAGAACAUUAGAAGAGAAUCAAUUGGGAGAUGAUAUUGAUGAGGAUUACGUGUCGUAUUUGAAUUAUAGAGAAUCAGUCGACUCUGUCAGGGAAAGUGAUGAUGAUGAUGUCUGUGAUGAAGAAGACAUGGACCCUGACUAUAAGAUGUUCUUGGAGAAUUUAAGGGAUGGGGAUUCAUAUGAACUGGAGGUAACUAUGACGAACGGGAGGUCUUUAUUAAUAAGAUAUGAAAAGGAGUGUGAGCUGGAUAACGAGCUUGAGCUGCAAAGUGCAAGGAAAUCAGGGGAUUGUUCGAAUAGAGAGAAUAUAGGAGCUUGUAAAGAUGUGAGCGUUGUUCUGAGCAAAGACAAGAUUCAAACUCAAAAGACUUCGAGGAGCAUUCUUGGGAAAGAUAAGAUGGAAUUCCCCAAAAGUUUGGAAAAUGGUGUGGUGGAUGAAUGCUACCAAGUAUUCCUGAAUUGUAUCGAACUGGAAGGUGAUUGUCUUGUUUUCGUGACUGAGAAUGGAAAGAGGGUAAAAUAUGAAGAAGACGAUAUUGAUAGUUCCUCUGAUGUAGAAAUAUUAGAGAUAGGUAGUACUCCAUCAAAGCAUCCAUUUGUAGCUUCAAGAAUGUUCUAUUCAUCUUUGGAGGGUGACAAUUGGCAGUGCCUGGGAAAUUCAAGUGAAAGUAACAAAUCUCAGUUUAGGGAGAAGGUUGUGGGUAUUCUUGGAAGACCUUAUGACCAGGAAGAGUAUGAACUGCUUUUGCAUAAUAUAAAGGUGAGAAAGCCAGUGCAACGUAAUUUAGAAUUGCGUCCUUCGCGAUCACUAAAGACGAGAAAGCCAGUGCAACGUAAUUUAGACUCGCAUUGUUCGGGACCACUAUUUUACCAAGCAAGUAAUAUCGGCAAAUCAUAUCUUGAUCACUAUGAUGACCUCAAAAGUAAGAUUGAUGAAGCCCGAUUUGAUAGACAUAAAGAGCUGAAUCUCUUACGUGGUUUUUUCUUUUGGAUGCAGAAUUUGACCCAUGAAGGUGCAUUCCGACCUUGGUUAGACAGCUCGUGUUUGGAGGUGAUGCCAGGAAAUCGCUAGAAGUGUAUUCUGCCUCUACUUUGGUAAGUAUUCUGCCUCAAAUGCUGUUUGCUGUUGUCUCAAUAUUAUGACAGGAGCAACUGACAGUAGAUAAAUUGACAAUUUGAUCUUUGCGAAGUAUGGAGUGAUUGACAACGUUCUUUUUGCGCCACUGCAACCUUCUUGGUAGGCACAAACCACUGAAGUUAUGUAUCAAAAUCCAGUGGCUAUGUAUAGUUUAUGAACAUUUAAUGUGUGUUUUCAUAUGCAUUUGACACUGUGCGAGUAUGAGUAUGGCUUUGCCUUCGACAAAUUUCUGAUGGUGUAAAAAUGUCACUUGACCGAUAUUCUUUGGUUAUGCAACUAACUUCCUCAACUAUUUGAAAGUUACCCUUCUACUUUGGAGUUGGCUUGUGUGACCAACCUAGUCUAGGGCUUGAGGAUUGGUGGGGAAGAAGAUAGGAAAAAAAGAAAAAAAAAAAAAGGUUAUAUUCAUGUGAUUUUCUUAGUUGUGUUUAUAUAUCUCCAAAGUAACGCUUUCUUUUUCCUCAUUAUCUAUGAUGUAUUGCAUUCAUAGAUAGAAUUUUAACCUUCUUGCAAUAUAAUUUUCAAUCAAAAUCACUUCAUACUAGUCUCAUUUUCAUUUUUUUUUUUUUGUAUUUGUAUUUGUGUGGGGUUGUGGUUGUUACAUCACAUAAAGUGUGAGCGAGAGCGAAUUUGAGAAUGGGAGAGUAAAAAGAGUAAAAUUUAAAUCACACAAAAUAAAAUGCGAGUGAGCACGUACAGUGUGAGAGCGCGGGAAUGCAUUCAGAAUGUGAGAGUGAGAGUAAGACGGUGAGAUUCUGUGACUUAAGUGACGGUAAACAGCACUAUUCAUGCUCGCCAUUUUCAGCCAAAAUGGUGGGUUGAGUCCAUUAUUUCAACAAAAUUGUUGGGUAGAAUGCAUUCAAUGGCAGGCCUAUGAACCAUUUUGCUUUGCUAGGUCAUCUCCAUAUUCAAGAGAACUCAAUCCUCCUGCAACUACUGGAGUCAAAGCUUAAAUCAACUUUGACCGGUCCAACCUGAAUUUAUUUUCUCAGCUUUCAUUUGUUUCGACAUAAAAUAUCAUCCUUGGAGAAUAUUAUUUAUAAAAAACUUUUUCACGUAAUAUGUUUUCUCUAUUUUGAUUUUAUGGUGUUUGGUAAAGGUUCUGAAAAUAUUUUACAGAAAAUAUCUUUUGGUGUUUGGCUUCUAAAAAUAUUUUUAAAUGAAAAUCAAAGUUUUUAUUUUAGUCAUUGAUAAUGCAGUCUCUCUCUUACCUAUUCAUUAGUCUAACUAUUUCUAUUCGGACAAUGAUAAUUAUUUGACAAGGAAAUGUAAAAAAAAAAACGAUCAAUCGAUUUUUGAAAAAUGAUGAGCAACGUCAUAUGCAACAAGAGGUUUUGGUCUCUCUAUUGAUUUUUUUUUUUUUUUUUUUUUCUUCAGGCUAUUCAAUGAUGAUGACAAAAAUAUAUGUUAAUAAAAACAAAUUGAAGAAACAAAAAAUAGCUAAUACAAAAAAUAUGAUUAUAAAAACAAAUAAAAAAAAUAAAAAAAUAAAAAUAAAAAGUAGAAAAGCAACAGUAUAAUGUCAAUAACACAAUCUGAAAAUAAACAACUCCGUGACAAUCACUGUAUGCAUUCAAAAUAUUAAAAUUAGAAAAGCAACGCUAACAUAACAUGUUGCUUGCCUACACGCAUUUGUUUUCAACUCUCAUCUUUUAAGUUGAAAACAAGAAUGAUGAAACAGGUAAUGGAUGGGCCAAAAGUGGUUGUGCUAACAAUUCUUUUUUAGAAAAGAUGGGGGUCAUUACAUGACUACACACAACCAUCAUUUGCACUAAGAGCAACGGCUGCGGGCUCUUCAAAGUCCAUUUUUUGAGAGCAAAAGGGCCUUUGGGCGUGCAACGGCCUAGCCAAAAAUGAUGGGGCUCAAUUUUGCUCAUGGGCCGGCUCGCGGUAUUCAGUGAGACGCCCCCGAUAGGUGAAUUUUUUUUUUUUUUUUGUUGCAAAACGGCGUCGUUUUUUGUUGCCUUUUUUGUUUUUUCCUCCAACGGUUGCGCACAAUGACUGAAACAGUGCCAAGGCACUGUUUGGUAGAAAUUUUUUUAAAAAAAAACCUAAAAAUAGGUUAUUUAGAGCCCUUUUUUUUGAAAAAAUAAAAAUAAAAUUCAUUAAAUAAAAAAUA